CAUUAUAAUGACUACAGGACCUUUUUUACAUCACAUUGGCGGAAAUUGGCUUCCAUAAAAUAAGUCAUUAAACAACAAUAACAACAACAACAACAAAAACGUCACGUAUAGAGGACGCGCUCGAGGCAACACCACGCGACAGGGACUGACAAGAUGGCGAUCAUUUUAGAAACAGAGGAGUUGCUGCCAUGAAGGAGAGGCUCGAAGCCACCAUGCCUUGGGAGGGUCCCAUUUUUCAGCUCACCAUGGUCACCAUGGUGAUAUGAAGCCAGUGUGAAACAUUGACACACAGACUCACACACAGACAGUCAGUCAGUAAUUGACUGACACAGCCAGCCAGCCAGCUCGGCAGGCAGGCGUGUGUAAUGGAUAGGUGUAAGCAUGUGGGGCGGCUGCGGCUGGCCCCAGACCACUCCAUCCUCAACCCCCAGAAGUGGCACUGCGUGGACUGCAACACCAGCGAGUCUAUAUGGGCCUGCCUGGGCUGUGCUCAUGUGGCGUGCGGGCGCUACAUCGAGGAACAUGCUCUGCAGCACUUCCAGCAGCAGCACCACCCGUUGGCUAUGGAGGUUAAUGAACUUUACGUUUUUUGUUACUUGUGUGACGACUAUGUCCUGAAUGAUAACGCCACCGGAGACCUGAAGCUGCUUCGUAGUACGCUCAGCGCCAUCCAGAGCCAGCACUAUGAGGUUACCACCCGCAGUGGGCGCACCCUCCGCUCUGCUAGUGCUGCCCCCGAUGCCCUCAUGCCAUCCGGUGCCCGCGAGCUGCAGCUGAGGGACGAGGACAGGAUGUUUACUGCGCUCUGGCACCGCCGCAGGGUGCUUAUGGGACGCGUCUUUCGCUUAUGGUUUGCACUGACUGAAUGCGGAAAGAAGAGGGAGGAAGAAGAGAGAAAGAGGGAGGAGGAGGAGGAGCAGAAAAGGGAGGCGAGGGAGAGGAGGCAGGCUCUAAAGAGGCAGCUACAGGAGGAGCUGGAGAAUGCCCCUCUCAGGAAGAGUCGCCGGUUACGUAAGAGAAGCCAGAGAGUUGCAGAUGCUCUAGUCGCCACACCGUCGCGGAGGGCAUGCAACAAGACAAAAACCCCUGUGCCCCCGUCUCUCACCCGCAGGCCAAGGACUCAAAGCCCUGCCACUGCUACCCCCAAGAAAGGUGGACGGACGAAAAAGGUCCAACCAACUUCCAAACCCCGGAGCCGUUCUUCUACCACCAAAUCUAAGCCCAAAACACCCUCAGCGACCCCCCGUUCUGCUCAAACGCCUGUUCGCCGCAAGCAGAGUACCAAACAGGGUGGCUCACCCUUCAAACGGCGUCCCACAGUCACUCCUGGAGUGACAGGCCUGAGGAAUUUAGGCAACACCUGUUAUAUGAACUCCAUCCUGCAGGUGCUGAGCCACCUUCAUGUCUUCAGGGAGUGCUUUCUGCGCCUGGAUCUGACCCAAGCACUGGAACUACUAGCAUCUGCCGUCCACGGCCAACUGGCAGGGAAGCCCUCUUCCCAGUCCCCCCUGAUCCAAAGGAAGGGAUUCCAGGCCGGCUCAGGCUCUGGGGCAGGGCUGAGCGGUGGGGCCUCACGGGCCCGCAGCAUGGAGCUGAUACAACCCAAAGAGCCCAGCUCAAAGCACAUCUCGCUCUGCCACGAGCUGCACACCUUGUUCCAGGUUAUGUGGUCUGGCAAGUGGGCGCUGGUAUCGCCUUUUGCCAUGCUCCACUCGGUGUGGCAGCUGAUCCCGGCGUUCAGGGGCUACGCUCAGCAGGAUGCUCAGGAGUUCCUGUGUGAGCUGCUGGACAAGGUGCAGCACGAGCUGGAGAGCACCGGCAAGCACACAACCACUGCAGGAGUCCCACAGAAACGCCUCAUCAAACAGGUGCUCAGUGUGGUCAACACCAUCUUUCAUGGCCAGCUCCUCAGCCAGGUGACGUGCCUGGCCUGCGAACAUCGCUCCAACACUGUGGAGCCUUUCUGGGAUCUGUCGCUGGAGUUCCCCGAGCGGUAUCACAGUAACAGCAGGGAGCAUGCUGCUCAGGCUUCAUGCCAUUUGACGGAAAUGCUGGCCAAGUUCACGGAGACUGAAGCGCUGGAGGGAAACAUCUACGCCUGUGAGCAGUGUAACUCUGCUCGACGGCGGACCUCCUCCAAACCAGUCCUCCUGACUGAAGCACAAAAACAGCUGAUGGUCCACAAACUGCCUCAGGUCCUGCGGCUUCACCUCAAACGCUUCAGGUGGUCUGGGCGGAACCACCGGGAGAAGAUCGGAGUCCACGUCAGCUUCGACCAGCUUCUCAACAUGGAGCCCUACUGCUGCCGAGAGCCCUCACCCAAAGGUGUGCCCUGCUCCAGUCCCAGCAGCCCCAGCUCGCCACGCCCAAAGCACUUCCUCUACGACCUCUCCGCUGUGGUGAUGCAUCAUGGGAAGGGCUUCGGCUCUGGCCACUACACCUCCUACUGCUACAACACAGAAGGAGGCUUCUGGGUUCACUGUAAUGACUCUAAGCUGAAUGUGUGUUCAGUGGAGGAGGUCUGUCGUGCUCAGGCCUACAUCCUCUUCUACACACAGCGAGUAACUCAGGACAAAGACCGGCCGCUAUAAGACCACAAUCCCCCUCCUCAUCCUCCUCAGCUGCAGCCUGACCACUCAGCGAGAAGAUAUCAGCACAGCCCCAUCUAUCGCGCUCCCUCUCUUCCCUCUUUCUUUGGGCAUUUUCUAUCCUGGGAGGAUGGGUCUUUUUAGUCUAUUUUUCUAAAUAAGGAAAAAAAAAAAAAAAAAAAAAGAGAGAGGAAGGACUCCUUUUUAAAAACCUGGUUCUGCUUUGUGAACUUGUUGUAUAUGGUGUUUAUAUGUAGGUAUUUUUAAAAGACAAAUGGUGAUGUUUGUGAUUUGUGUACAGUUGUAUUUUAUAAAGAGUAUCAGCCAAGAUGUGUCUCAGUAGCAGCCAACCGACUCAAGUGUCCUCUACAGGUCAUACAGGUGUAUUCACGCGUCUGCCUACCUGCGUUUGGUGGAUGUUGAUUGUAAAUGCUGUUUGUUUUUGUUUGAAUCAACUGAAAUGUCUCUCAGUCACUUUAGAUAGUCGUCACAGAACUGGAUGUAGGGUUGUAAAAUGUCAUUCACUUACUAGAAAUGGCCUCGCUGUGUUCUAGACAGGUAAAGCUUUGAUGGAUGUUGACAAAGAUGGCUGUAUUUCCUGCCAGAAAUGCACUAAUUUCUACAGAAUCUGCUGUCAGCAUUGUUUUUAGUUGAAGAUCUGUACACGAGCAGGGCAGGAAGUUUACUUUUCUCUCUGAAGUACUCCUGGGUCUGUCAGGGAAAAUUGGCAGACCUCAAGCCAAAGCCGAGGGAUAAGUGUAUGGAAAAACCUCUCAGCAUUUCCAAAACGGUUCAACAUUUGCUGGGUGUUUUUUUUUUUUUUUUUCCCCCCUUCCCUCUUUCACUAUUAAGUUUCCAAAGGGAUGUUUUUUUUUUUUUUAGCUAAAUGCUGCCACCUCUCUUCUCCAAAAUGUAAUUGUCUUCAGAGUGUGAACCAUUCCCAAACCACACGCGUACUAGAAAAGUGCCCUUUGUUGAGAGUAUAUUUUUUUUAGUUCAUAUCAAUUCAGCAAAGUAGAAUCUGCACAGUGGCAGUCCCAUGCAAGACCAGCAUUUAGAUUUUGAAUGUAUUUUUAUACAAUCCUCCUCAGAAGUUUUAGAAAAGAGGCCAUUGACUGUUUUUAUACAACUGCCAAUUGUUCAACACCACCAGCAGUUAUGACUGUUCUAUCACCAUUAAGUAGGUGUGUGUACUGUAUGUGUACAUACUGUAUCUGUUAAGUACAAUAUCCAGAUUUAACAGGAUUUCUGGAGUAUAUGCAGAUUGUGAUAUUUAUCUCCAUACUGGAGAAAAUUGUACAAAAAAAAAGGUAUUCUCCACCUCAACCAAGUUCCCUCUGACUUAUCUUUCAGAGGGGAAUUCAAAGCACAGUUCAUAUUGUUUCUCCUUCAUUGUCAGACGUUGUGACACAUUUUUGGUUACUACUCCAUGGAUGUGUAUGUGUGUGAAUUUAUGGAAGUUAUACUAUGCAAAUUGUUACCUCAAUUUUUUUCUAGAGAAAAUUACCUCAAUAAAUGAGAAUAUUUUUUCAUUUUUCUACAAAA